AUGCAUAAGAUUUUGAGAUCAAUCAAGUCAUUCAAAGGGUCUAGAUUUACCAACAAAUUGCCUACUUAUCUAGAAAGAUUAAAAUAAUAGGAGGAAAUGGAUCGUAAGACUAAUUUAGAUGUGUUGAGAAGAGAAGUCUUUAAUGAUUCAAUCUAAUUACCUAUAAAAUUUGCUGCUUAUUAUAUUACUAACUAAUAGACUUUUUGGGCUGAAUUAACUAGAUCUAUGAUUGAUGCAAGCAAUCAUGUCAUUUUAUUUGCAACCAAUUAUAUUAAUUAUGGUCCAAAUAAAUAAUUUCCAUAUGGAAUAGAAAAAGUAAAGCAUCUAGUUGCUUUAAUACCCUCUGCCUUAUUUUUAUACUUUGGAGCCUCUAUUUCCUAUGAAUCAUUUCUUAAUAUUUAUAAUUAUGGCCAUUAUGUUGGUGAAAUACACAGUAAUGCUUGGGGAUUGGCUUUAUAUUUAUUAUCUAUUGGAAUAGAAACAAGCGUAGUUUUCAAAAAUAUAAGAGAUGCAUAAGCUGUAGAUUCAAAUGAUGACACUAAAAUGGGGUUGUUUAAAUAAUUCCUAUCAGUAUUUCAAAAGAAGGAUCCAGUACUAUAAGCUAUUCUUUAUGAGAAUGCAAUAACAUUGGGAUCCACUUUAAUUCCUUUAUUAUCCUCAGCAUUCACUCUCAUAUACCCAACACAUGCAUUUGAAAUUGUAGGAUCUUUGGCAAUCGGCUUAAUAUAAUUAUAACUAGCAUAUCACUUGAGUGCCAAGAACCUAAGUUCUUUGAUGGGGGAACAAUCUAUAAGUGAUCUGGAAGUCAAGAAAAUAUUAGAGAUUAUUAAGCAGAAUCAAUAUGUUGAAAAGAUUUAGAAUGAGAAGGCUGUGAUGUUAGGGAGUAGGAAAUUUAGAUUUUCAGCUGAAAUUACUUUUAAUAUUAAACAAAUAAAUUAAGAUACGGAGUCUAAAUAUUUAGAGAGAUUUGACAAGGUUAUUUAUAGUGAGUCUUAUAGAGAUAGAGAGGAAUAUCUAUAAGAAUUAUUAAGGGAAAUAUAAGAAUAUGUUCUUGCUAGUUUACAUAUUCAAAUAUAAAAAAUUGAAAGUGCCAUAAGAAAUGAAUUUCCCAAUUGUAUCCAUUUGGAUUUUGAAAUUAACAACAAAUCAUUGGCUGAAACCUAUUCUAUUGAUGAUGGUAAUUGGUUAUUUAGAGAAACUUUAUUAAAAUCACCUUUUAAAGUUGAAAAGUGGAUGCUUGAUGAAGUAGAUAGAUUAAUAAAGAAAAUUACAAAGAAAAAAACUGAAACCUACAUUGAAACCUAUUAAUCCUUAUGUUCAUCAAUUUAAUAUAAUUAAUGGAAUGAUUUGGAAGAUGAUGAUGAAUAACUAAAAAUAAUUGAGGAUUACAGAUUUGAAUAAUUGUAGAAUGAAUUAAAAAGCAUAGACGAAAUAUAGUAGAUCAAUAAUCAAUCAAAAGGAAAAUGA